CUCAACAGUCAGUCAGUCACACGAGCACAAACACAACACUACACAAUCGGUUUUGCCACCUCACUUCUUACCUCACUUCUACACUUCUGCGGAACCUUACCAUGUAACGCUUCUACUACUGCUAAAAUGCACAUCCCAACAGCACUCCUCCUCUUAUUCUCCACCGCCUACGCAGCUAUAGCGGGAGGAAAAUCAGAAGGUGAUAGGACGGUAUCCCCCGCGCUCUUCGCGGAGCUGGAGGAGGCAGCGAGGUUAGCGGAUAUAGCGUACUGCGUCGGCAUCUCCGGGAUCUGGAAACCCUUCGGCUGUCUUAGCCGCUGCGCCGAUUUCCCAGACUUCGAACUCGUCGAGACAUGGAACACCGGCCCCCUACGCUCAGAUUCAUGCGGUUACAUCGCCCUCGACCAUGCGAAAAAAAGGGUUGUGGUGGCGUUUCGAGGGACGUAUAGUUUGGCGAGCGUAUUGGCGGAUUUGGCUACUACGCCGCAGGUUUAUGUGCCGUAUCCUGAACCGGCCCCUCCUCCACCUUCGAGAUCCAAACCGCGGGGGUGGUUGGGAUGGAUUCCCUGGCUCGGCAGGGGCACAAAACAGGAUAUCAUCCUACCGACCGCCGUGGGAGACGGAGAUGGAGACACAAAACCCGUCUGCACGAACUGCACAGUCCACGCCGGCUUCCUCAAGUCCUGGACACACACACGUCCGUUCCUCCUCCCGCACCUAACGCGUCUCGCGGGUGUAGUACCGGAGUAUGAAACCCACCUCAUAGGCCACAGUCUCGGCGGCGCCCUCGCCGCCCUCGCUGGGUUAGAGAUGCGCGCCCAGGGUGUGGAGGUGGUCGUUACGACGUUUGGAGAGCCGAGGAUUGGGAAUGUGGGGUUGGUGGGGUAUUUGGAUUCUGUUUUUGAGCUGGGGACUGGCAGGGAUGGGGGGGAAGGAGAGGCGGCGAGGAAAGGAGAGGAUAGGAGGGAUGGGGAAAGAGGGGAGGGAGGAAGGUUUAGGAGGGUCACGCAUAGGGGUGACCCCGUCCCGCUCCUCCCGCUGACGGAAUGGGGGUAUGCGAUGCAUGGGGGGGAGAUAUAUAUUUCGAGCCCUGGGUUACCGGUUGGGAUGGGGGAUGUGGAGAUGUGUGUUGGGGAUGAGGAUGUGAGGUGUAUCGCUGGUGCUGAUGAGGGGGGUGUGUUGGAUGCGGAGGCGGCGGAUGAGACGAUUGUGGAUGGGAAGGGAUGGGGAAUCCCAGCGAGGUUUCGCGUGGGCCAGAUUCUAUUCGCGCAUCGGGAUUAUUUCUGGAGGGUUGGGCUUUGUGUUCCGGGUGGGGAUCCGGCGGGAUGGGGGGGGAGGGGGUGGUAUGGUGGAGAGGGGGAGGGAGGACAGGGUGGGAGCGGGAAGGCGGGAGGGGGUGGUGAUGAGUUGUAAGACGAUGUCUGGGGGGGCUGAUUUGUUAUAUUAUGCGGAUGAGCGAUUGUUUUCUUUUAAACGAUCGGAGCUUGGAGGGUUGGCAGGUUGUCGAAGAGUUCGAUUUUGGGCGUUUGGAAGGAAAGCAGGCGUAUAGCCCCUGAACACUAGGCGGAGGGGGGGAGAGAUUGUAUUAUUAUAACAGCGCACGGAGGAAUGUGAAAUGAUGAUCUUGCUAGAGUCUUCUAUGCAUAGAUGGGACUAGACUUGGGCUUUAUUGGGAUUGGUCAACGCAGAUGACGACGACUCAUACUGGCCGGGCGUUGGGGGGAGGACAGGGUGGGGUGUUUUGGGUGGAGAAG